UUAACGUUUCAUUAGAGGGUAGGUUCAAAAUUUUUGUGAAAAUGAUAGAAGAAACUAAUAUUAAACAAGAGCUUAAAAAAAGUCCGGUAUUAUGGCAAAGACUGUCGAACGGUAUUGCGAUUCGGGACUUACAAGAAGAACAAUUUCCUGUUGCUUUACAUUUUCUUAAGGUUUAUAAGUCAUCUGCACAUUUUUUGAUAUGAAAAGCAUUUUAGGUAUUUCAUAAAGAUACACCGAAACACUUGCAAGAUAUUUGUUUUUUAAUAUUAUCUUCGAGUAUGUGAAAGUUUAAUUAAUUAUUUAUUGAAACUAUUUGCAAAAAAAUAAAUAAAACAGCGCAUAUCACAUACUACCUGUGCGCAUUAAUUUAAAAGCAGGACUUAAAAAAUUGUACAUUAACCGCGUAAGUACACAAGGAGAAAGCAAUUUCGUAAUAUUUUAGGAACAUUAUGUCCCUUGCGACGAUUUUCUAGCAAAAAUUGAAGUUAGUCGCAAUCCCGCAUCCGUAACUUCAUUUCUCGAAAGAAUCUUGUACCAUUUGGAAAACAACUCAUCGCUGAUAGCAACACAUGAAGUGACAGGAGAAAUUGCUGGAAUUAUAAUAUUAAGGACAAUACCGAAAACGGAUUUUGCAAGAUCAUUCAGCAGACCGAGCAUUUUCGCCGAUGACGUCUUUAAAAGAUACGCCAUUGUUAAAUCGGAGCUAUUGCGAAAAGUAGAUAUAUACGAACACUUCGGUUGUCAGAUUUUUUUGAAAUUGUAUUUCCUUUGCGUUGCACCGAAUUACAGACAAAAAGGGAAGUGCUAUACUUAGUAAUUGGUAAUCAAAUUCGGUAAUCCUAAAAGCAAUUCCUAUUCCUUGCAGGACUAGGAUCGGAUCUGAUACUUUCCGCCUUAGACGUUGCCAAAUCUAAGAACAUACCGAUGUUUUUGGGCACCGUCACUGAUUAUAAAAUUUUGAAUUUGCUGCGAAAGUUAGGUUUUCAGGCUCGGUUGAUUUUUAGAUUUUAUACGAAAUUGACUAUUCCGACUUCCAAGACGAUGAAGGCAAGUAUUUAAUAAAAUAUUUAGAGGACACCAACUACACAAUGUCCAUUAUGUUCGCUGUGGUGCCCCCGUUCCCAAAGAAACCUCUCCCGAAAAAAGAAGAACCGCCGGCCAAAGGCAAAGGAAAAGGCAAAGGAAAAGACAAAGGAAAAAAGAAGAAGUAGUUGAAUUAAAGUUGAUAUAUUUUUCACUUUAUUAUCUUAAAUAAACAUGUAGGUACUCAUAAUGUACACGUUGGCGAAUUUGUGUAAUAACUGGCUAGACUAAUGCGCUUUCUGUACAUCGUUUUUUCGCCUCUUUAAGGUUGGACAACCUAUCUAACGGAGUAAGCUAACAGCUAAUCUUCAUAAAUUAAACGCACAGAAAUGUAUAACGCGUGUCGGUCCAUUUCUACUGAACAUACUGUAAAUACGUACAAUUUCUACCUAUCAUAAAGAAAGAUGGCCAUGUAUUUUAUUUUUCCGUACGUACUUUUCUAAACGUUGCAGUGUCAAAGUCGGUGUUUGAGAUUUUUUAAAUUUAUAAUUAAAUUACCGUAAGUAUACAAGAUAGUUAGAGAUGAGUAGAAGAUUAAGAAAGGAACUCGAAGCAGCAAAGGAAAUCAAACAAGAUCAGGAGGAGGAAGAAGAUAUAUAUCAAGUGAGAAAGGAACGAAUCUUUGCUCCGGUGGUUUGGCAAAUUCUUACAAACGGAAUAAAGAUACAAGAUUUAAAAGAAGAUAAAUUUCAAUUGGCUCUAGCAAUGCUAGAGGAGCACUACUUACCCUCUGAAGAUUUGGGUAGAAACGUUGACCUAAUGCUCGACGAAACGUCUGUACAGUACAGCGUGAAGAGGCUCCAAUAUUAUAUAAAAGAGGGGUCGUCAUUAAUUGCAGUUACUGAGGAUGGAGAAGUCGUUGGACUUUUAAUACUGAGGACUGCAAAGAAAAACGAAUUUGCCAGAGUUUUUAGUAGAGCACAAAUAACCGAAGGCGAAUCUCUCAAGAAAUGUCUCCAAGUCAAAAAUUAUAUUAACCGAAAAGUAGAUGUUUACGAACACUUUAACGUCGAUGCCUUUUUGAGAUUUUAUGCUGUUUGUAUUGCACCGACGUACAGGAAAAAAGCAUUAGGUUUUACAAUGAUGAAAUGUGGCGUCGAUGUUGCAAGGUCGUUGAAAAUGCCGGUAAUUUUAGGAAUAUUUACAAACUUCAAACUUCAAAAAUUAGCCAAGAGACUAGGAAUGGAAGUCAUUAAAGAAGUGAACUAUGUCGAUUGGAGGGACGAGCAACAUGAACUUAUCUUUAGUGACCCGGGCCCAGGAAAUUACACGAUCGCAUUGAUGGCUUGCUACACACCCCCCGCUCCCAUAAAACCACGCAAAAUUCCCGAAAGGAUUAUUGAAAUGGAGUUGGAAGAAGCAAAAAAGAAGAAAACUAGAAUGGAUAAACGUGCAGAACUUGUUAAAGCGGGACUAUACACUAGAAAUAACCUUCUCAAAUAACACCACACCUUCAU